AUGGAGAUGCUCGGACCCAAAGGUCUGAGCACAGGUGGAGAGGGACUUGGGAGUGAUGUCCCUGCAGCUGAGGACGCUCUGGACAGUGAGGUCCCUACAGUGAGGACGCUCUGGACAGUGAGGUCCCUGCAGCUGAGGACGCUCUGGACAGUGAUGUCCCUGCAGCUGAGGACGCUCUGGACAGUGAGUGAGGACGCUCUGGACAGUGAGGUCCCUACAGCUGAGGACUGUCUGGACAGUGAGGUCCCUGCAGCUGAGGACGCUCUGGACAGUGAGGUCCCUACAGUGAGGACGCUCUGGACAGUGAGUGAGGACGCUCUGGACAGUGAGGUCCCUGCAGCUGAGGACGCUCUGGACAGUGAGGUCCCUACAGCUGAGGACUGUCUGGACAGUGAGGUCCCUGCAGCUGAGGACGCUCUGGACACUGAGGACGCUCUGGACAGUGAGGUCCCUACAGCUGAGGACUGUCUGGACAGUGAGGUCCCUGCAGCUGAGGACGCUCUGGACAGUGAGGUCCCUACAGUGAGGACGCUCUGGACAGUGAGUGAGGACGCUCUGGACAGUGAGGUCCCUGCAGCUGAGGACGCUCUGGACAGUGAGGUCCCUACAGUGAGGACGCUCUGGACAGUGAGGUCCCUGCAGCGGAGGACGCUCUGGACAGUGAGUGAGGACGCUCUGGACAGUGAGGUCCCUGCAGCUGAGGACGCUCUGGACAGUGAGGUCCCUACAGCUGAGGACUGUCUGGACAGUGAGGUCCCUGCAGCUGAGGACGCUCUGGACAGUGAGGUCCCUGCAGCUGAGGACGCUCUGGACAGUGAGGUCCCUACAGUGAGGACGCUCUGGACAGUGAGUGGGGACGCUCUGGACAGUGAGGUCCCUACAGCUGAGGACGCUCUGGACAGUGAGGUCCCUACAGUGAGGAUGCUCUGGACAGUGAGUGAGGACGCUCUGGACAGUGAGGUCCCUGCAGCUGAGGACGCUCUGGACAGUGAGGUCCCUACAGUGAGGACGCUCUGGACAGUGAGUGAGGACGCUCUGGACAGUGAGGUCCCUACAGCUGAGGACUGUCUGGACAGUGAGGUCCCUGCAGCUGAGGACGCUCUGGACAGUGAGGUCCCUACAGUGAGGACGCUCUGGACAGUGAGUGAGGACGCUCUGGACAGUGAGGUCCCUGCAGCUGAGGACGCUCUGGACAGUGAGGUCCCUACAGCUGAGGACUGUCUGGACACUGAGGACUGUCUGGACAGUGAGGUCCCUGCAGCUGAGGACGCUCUGGACAGUGAGGUCCCUACAGUGAGGACGCUCUGGACAGUGAGUGAGGACUGUCUGGACAGUGAGGUCCCUGCAGCUGAGGACGCUCUGGACAGUGAGGUCCCUACAGUGAGGACGCUCUGGACAGUGAGUGAGGACUGUCUGGACAGUGAGGUCCCUGCAGCUGAGGACGCUCUGGACAGUGAGGUCCCUACAGUGAGGACGCUCUGGACAGUGAGGUCCCUGCAGCUGAGGACGCUCUGGACAGUGAGUGACUGGAAACACCCACAGACACUUCCUCACUCCUCACCACAGACUCAGGUGUUGUUCUGGUCUCACUCCUCACCACAGACUCAGGUGUUGUUCUGGUCUCACUCCUCACCACAGACUCAGGUGUUGUUCUGGUCUCACUCCUCACCACAGACUCAGGUGUUGUUCUGGUCUCACUCCUCACCACAGACUCAGGUGUUGUUCUGGUCUCACUCCUCACCACAGACUCAGGUGUUGUUCUGGUCUCACUCCUCACCACAGACUCAGGUGUUGUUCUGGUCUCACUCCUCACCACAGACUCAGGUGUUGUUCUGGUCUCACUCCUCACCACAGACUCAGGUGUUGUUCUGGUCUCACUCCUCACCACAGACUCAGGUGUUGUUCUGGUCUCACUCCUCACCACAGACUCAGGUGUUGUUCUGGUCUCACUCCUCACCACAGACUCAGGUGUUGUUCUGGUCUCACUCCUCACCACAGACUCAGGUGUUGUUCUGGUCUCACUCCUCACCACAGACUCAGGUGUUGUUCUGGUCUCACUCCUCACCACAGACUCAGGUGUUGUUCUGGUCUCACUCCUCACCACAGACUCAGGUGUUGUUCUGGUCUCACUCCUCACCACAGACUCAGGUGUUGUUCUGGUCUCACUCCUCACCACAGACUCAGGUGUUGUUCUGGUCUCACUCCUCACCACAGACUCAGGUGUUGUUCUGGUCUCACGCCCGAACACAAGGAGAGAUGAGGGACCGACUGUUGGAGCUGCAGGGUCUGAAGUCUGAGGACGGGGAUCCCAGGCCUGAUGAAGACCACGGCACAGACGAAGAGAACUGGGACGAGAUUCUCCUGCAGCAGCACGCCGUGGUGUUCCAGGGAGAGGACGUGAUGGAGGGCAUCUACAAGGAGGCCCAGGUCAUGAGGAAAGAGAUGCUCCUCCUCAAAAUGGACGUCAAGCGCCUGAGCAAGCAAAACACUCGCUUCCUGACCUCGGUGCGGCGCUUCAGCAGCAUCAAGCGGGACUCCAACGCUUUAGGGCGAGACAUCAAAGCCAAGGGCGAGGCCAUUUACAAACGACUGGAAAACCUGGGCACGCUGAGCCAAGAGCUGGAGGAGAAGCACGGGCCGACCUCAGCCGUGGUGCGCAUGGUGCGGUCCCAGUACGUGUUUCUGACCAGCGCCUUCCACGGCGUCAUGUCCGAGUACAACGAAGCCGAGAUGAUCCAGCGAGAAAACUGCAAAACGCGCAUUCAGCGGCAGGCGGAGAUCAUGGGGAAGGAGGUGAGUCGGGAGCAGAUCGACGAGAUGAUCGAGACCGGGAAGUGCAACGUGUUCUCGGAUAACCUCCUGCUGGAAGGAAAGAGCGCUCGGUCGGCCUUGAACGAGAUCGAGAGCAGGCACAAGGAGCUGCUGGAGCUGGAGGGCCGCAUUCGGGACAUCCAUGAACUGUUUUUCCAGAUGGCGGUUCUGGUGGAAGAGCAAGGGUCCAUGCUGAACAAUAUCGAGGCGAAUGUGUUUGCGACUCAGGACUUUGUGGCCAAAGGGACGGAGCAGAUCAAGAAAGCAGUGAGAUACAAGAAGAACAACCCGUGUAAGAAGAUCUUCUGCUGCUGCUUCCCGUGUUGUCAUUAA